AUGAAGGUAGUAAACGUGAGGAAGAGAAAAAAAAUAACAAACAUGCAUUCCGUAAUUCUGCUAGUGUUGUCCUUUUUUUUGUCUUUCGGACGAGGAAUGGAUUAUUAUAAAAGGCUCGGGAUUAAAAGGAAUGCGAGCAAAGAGGACAUUUCAAAGGCAUAUAGGAAGCUAGCCAAAGAAUAUCACCCGGAUGUGGCUCCAGAUAAAGAAAAAGACUUUAUUGAAAUUGCAAAUGCAUAUGAAACUUUGUCAGAUCCGGAGAAAAGGAAAAUGUAUGAUAUGUAUGGAGAGAAUUACGCAGAUGGAGCAUCCGCAGGUGGGGAAGGAGGACCAGGAGGUUUUGGUGGAGGUGGUUUCCCUUUUGACCAAGACGUUGUGAAUGAAAUAUUUAGACAAUUUGCAGGAGGAGGAAGAGGUGGAGCAGGUGGCCGUGCAGGUAACUUCCACUUCAAGUUCACCUCAGGUGGUGGAGGAGGAGGAGGAGGUGGGUUUCCAAAUUUUGGUCAUCACUUCGAAGAUGAAUAUGAAGACAUAUAUAAAAAUGAAGUGUUAAAAAUUAACUCUCAGAAUUAUGACAGAGUAAUAAACGACAUUAGCUAUUCCCUGGUCAUAAAUUUUUAUUCCCCUUCAUGUUCCCAUUGUAAAUCGUUUAAAAAAAAGUUUUUAAAAUUUUCAAAAAAGUAUGAUGGGUACUUAACAUUUUCUGUAGUGAAUUGUCAGGAGGAAAAAAGCAUUUGCAGAAAAUAUAACGUAAAAUCUCUUCCACACAUUAUUUUAUUAAAAAAAAAUAAAACAUAUGCAACUUUUUAUGGUAACAGAACGGAAGAAAAUUUAAUCACCUUCAUUCAACAAAAUAUUCCCUAUGUGUAUACAGAUAUUACAAGCCAAAAUAAAUUGGAUUCCUUUUUGGUAAAAAAUGUGGAGACACCAAAGGUCAUUUUUUUCAUCUCAUACAACGACGACGUAGUAAUGUUGAAGGUGCUAUCCAAGGAGUUUGAAAAACGAAUUGACAUUGGUAUCAUUUACAGCUCCAAUUAUACCUUAAUGCAACUUUUUAAUAAAAGAAAUGUGAAGACUCCGUCCAUGUUGCUUGUAGAAGAUAUCGAUAGCCUGUCCGGGGACCUGACCUUUUUGAAAAAUUUUGACUUCAACAUUUUGUCCAUCAAAUUGAGUCACGUCGUUGCACAGAAUAGGCUCAAAAAUAAUUUGUAUGGACAUGUCACCUCCUACCAAGAGUUAACUAAGAAAAAAUUUGAAUCGGGUCAGUGUCAGGAGAAGGACUCACAAAUUUGCUUCCUCAUUUUGAAGCUGCUAAAAAAAAGUUACCAAAAAUUCGAUGAGGAUAUAAAAAAUGUCGCGGGAAAAUUUUCAAAAGACCCCCUCAAAAUUAUGUACGUUAAUGUAUUUGAGCAGCCGCACAUUUUGGACUCCUUCGGGUUGGUCAAUGAGUGUAAACAUGCCGACUGCCUCUUCCUGGUAGCCUUCAGACCCAAGCGCCAGAAGUUCCGCCUGCACGACGGCGAGGUCAACGUGCAAAGCGUGCACAAAUUUGUGGAGGAUGUGGUCAGCGGAGGAAUUUCCAUCAACCAGGCGGUCAAGCGUGGCCUACGCUUUGUCAGCGCGCCACACUACACGGACGAGCUGUGA